AUGCCUAACGGUACUCCAACGAAAACAUCGCUGGAAUUCGCUGAUGGCCAGUUGUCACCUGCGUCGUUGCGACGUCGCAGUACUCGUGCCAGUGCGCUGAAAGCGCAAGAGAAGAUUAAACUCAAAGAUGAUGUAAUUGUCACGGCGAACAUGGAUAGGGGAGAUGUCGAGGAAAGCGGUGAAACGGUUCCCAAGAAGCGGCGGCUGCAAGUUGGAUCCGGUUUCGACCAGUUCAGCCAUAAGUUUGGACUGCGGGAGCAAGAAGGAAAUGUCUACCCUCUGACGGAUGAAAGCGAAGUGUCAUCCCUACAUGACAGUGAAAUCUUGACGCUGAAAGCAAGCUAUGACAAGUUGGUGAGCAAAGAGCUCACUUCGGAGCAGCGACAUGAGCGAGCUCUUAUGAUCAAACAAUGUGAAGCAGAGUUACGAUUAGAAGAAGCGAAACUAAUGAUGCUGAAGAAAGUCAAAGCAAGUCAGAUGCUGGCCAAUCAAAAGCUUCAUGAGGCCAAGAAGGGAGUAGCUCAUAUGUCACUCAAUAACACCGGUGGUGCAUACAAGCCACUUGUGGCACCGCCCUUGAACAAAAGCGGCUCUACUAAUGGAAAGAGUACGAAUUCGGCAUCGCGAACGAAUCCUGUUUUAGGACUGGCCGGUUUGACGACUCAACAACAACAGGAGCUUCUCCGCAGUGCACAGGCCAACCCUGCUGCUUUGCAAGCUUUACUCAUGCAGGCCGCGAAGAAUGGGCAGUCUCCAGCACAAGCACUUGCUGCGCUAUUCGCGAAUCACGCUUCCACCUCGUCGCACCCCGUUGUUUCUGUAGCUCAACAGUUGAAAGAACAACGCGCAAAAGAGGAGCUACUCCUUAAGGAACAGGCAGCAGCAGCCACGCAGGCGAACACCGCUGCACAACAGGCAAAAUUACUAGCAGCACAAACUCCCCAGCAACGCGCCGCCACCGCAAGGCAGGCCUUCCGAAUGCAAGCCGAUAAGCAACUUAUGCAGCAAAUCUCCGCUCCGAAAACUCCUCCAACCGAUUUGUUUUUCAUUCCAAACGGCUCGCAACCAGAUUUUUGCUACCUCGUCGGCCUAGAUCUCGUCGUUCAACGGGUGCUCAAAGACAAGAAUGUAUACAGGUCUGUCACUGAGGGACCGUACGAAUGCGAGGAAUGCGGCACAGAUUUUACGCCUUCGUGGAAGGCUAUUGGCACGUCAUUCUCGGAUAUGCACCUCUACUGCGAACAGUGUGAGUUCGAAAAGCAAAUAGCCGAUGGUAAGCUAGAGGCGGCCCUUGCUGCUGCUGCGCAGGCGCACGCAGCAGCAGCCGCUGCAGCGGCAGCCUCAUCAGCCUCCAUUGCCUCCACCAGUCAAGCGCAAAACUUGAGUACAAAACCUAAUCCAUUGCAAGGGACACCGCAACGUAGCGGGACCAGUACACCGACAUUGCGUAAGGCAGCUACCCCGGUACCACCUUCCACGACCCCACUUUCGAAAGUUGGUGCGACAUCUUCAGGCACGACUUCUAAUCCUCCAUCCCUGAAGAAAUCGAGUAGUGCUCCUGGAUUAAAUAUGGCAGCAAUGCAACAGCAAAUGGCAGCUAUGCAACAGUUAGUUCGCGCAAAUCCAAUGAUGGCGAUGGCAGCCACUCAGAUGGCGGGUGCUGCAGCUGCUGGCAAUCCUAUGGCAAGCAUGAUGCAACAGAUGUGGAAUCCAAUGAUGUUGCAGGCGGCUGCUACUCAAAUGCGCUUGCAGCAACAACAAGCGCAACAGCAGGCAAGUCAGCCAAAUAUGGCAAUGACAAUGCUCGCGCAAGCUGUACAGCAUGCACAGUCAUCUGGAUUAACUGGUCAGAACAACAACGCCAUUGCUCAACUAGCUGCUGCAGCUGCAAUGAAUCCCGCACUGAUGAACAAUCCUCAAUUGCUACGACAAAUCCAGCAAAUGCAGAGCCGUGGACUGAUUGAAUCGCUGCAAAGGAAGAAGUAA